GCAGCCGCUGCCUGCCUGCCUCGCACAGUUUUACUAGUAGCAGUCGCUCGCAACCGACGAGACGUCGACGGCCCACCCCACCCUGUCAAUCCCCACCGAAACUACCCGCCUGCCUUUCCGGCGGAACGGAACCACCGCCCCGCCGACGAGCCACGCCGACGCUGCCUAGGGUUUGGCCCCGCCCUCCACCGCCACCGCCAUGGACCUGCCCCCCGGCGCCGCCCGCCGCACCACCUACUCCCUCCUCUCCCAGUUCCCCGACGACGCCCCCGGGCCUCCGCCCGCGACCGUCCUGCAGCGCCAGUCCAGCGGCAGCAGCUACGGCGCCGGGAGCUCCAUCUCCGCCUCCAGCGACUACCCCUUCCACCUCCAGGCCCCCGCCUCGGCCGCGGGCGUCGCGCCGCCCGGAUCGGCGGCCGCGGCGGCGGCUCCCGGCGGGUCGUCGCCCUGCAAGAGCUGGGCUCAGCAGGCCGAGGAGACCUACCAGCUGCAGCUCGCGCUCGCGCUCCGCCUCUGCGCCGACGCCGCCUGCGCCGCGGACCCGGGGUUCCUCGACCCCGGCGAAACGGGGAGCGGCAGGGGCAGCGGGAACGGGAGGGCCUUCCCGCUCGCGCAUCCCGCGCCCUCCCCCGAGUCCCUCUCGCAUCGCUUCUGGGUAAAUGGCUCGCUAUCAUACAACAGCACAAUACCAGAUGGUUUUUAUGUGAUUCAUGGGAUGGACCCCUUCGUGUGGUCACUAUGCACGGAUAUACAUGAAGAGAACCGCAUACCCUCCAUGGAAUCCCUCAAAUCUGUCCUUCCAGAUGAUUCCUCAAUUCAAGCCAUUCUCAUCGAUCGGAGAACUGAUUUUGAUUUAGGUAUGCUGGAGAGUUAUGCUUCCAGCCUUUCGUCCAGCUGUACAGAUGCCAAGGAUGUGGUAACCCAACUAGCCAAAGUCGUAUCUUCAAGGAUGGGGGGUACAACGUCCAACGAAGAGAACUUGCUUCCACGAUGGAAAGAGUGCAAUGAGGCCAUCAAGUCAAGUGCAGGAUCUGUUGUGCUUCAUCUGGGAAAGCUCCCUGUCGGUCUCUGCAAGCACCGCUCAUUGCUAUUCAAAAUGUUAGCAGAUAAAGUCAGUAUUCCAUGUAGAGUUGUCAAGGGUUGUAAAUAUUGUAAAUCUGAUGAUGCCUCCUCCUGUCUUGUACGCUUUGGGCUUGAAAGGGAAUACUUGGUUGAUUUAAUUGGGGAUCCUGGCCAACUUAGUGAUCCUGAUUCGUUUGUCAAUGGUCCCUACUCACUAUCGGUGUCCUCACCUCUUCAUCCUCCCAAAUUUAGGUCAUUGGAGAUCACUUCAAAUUUCAGCUCGGUAGCCAAGCAGUACUUCUCAGAUUGCCAUUCACUGAAUCUCUUGUUCAGUGAUUCUUCUACAGGUGCUGCUACUAGUGCAGUAACUACUCUGGACCAACCUUAUUCCAAGAAACAUAUUGCUGGGGACGAGAUUAUUAACAGCUGGAUGCCAGGAAAAGGGCAAGCAGCAAUAAAGCCGGACAUUAUUGUGCCAGAAGCUCCUCGGGAGGUUUUGCCACUAAUUACUUCCUCCAAUAUAAAGCUUGAUAAGAAGAAAGAAUUGAAAUUAAUUGAGGAGACUCAGCACUUGCGGCAUACAGUCAGUGAUCUGUCACUUGCUGCGGAUGAUCUGAUCAUUCCAUGGAAUGAGCUGAUUUUAAAGGAGAAGAUUGGAGCAGGUUCUUUUGGAACAGUUCAUCGUGCUGAUUGGCAUGGAUCGGAUGUUGCAGUCAAAAUACUUAUGGAGCAGGAUUUUCAUCCAGAGCGCUUCAGGGAGUUUAUGAGAGAGGUUGCAAUCAUGAAAAGUCUGAGACAUCCAAAUAUUGUUCUAUUCAUGGGUGCUGUCACUGAACCGCCGAACCUAUCGAUAGUCACAGAAUACUUGUCUAGGGGUAGUUUGUAUAAACUUUUGCAUAGGAGUGGUGCAAAGGAAGUUCUGGAUGAGAGGCGUCGAUUAAACAUGGCAUUUGACGUGGCCAAAGGAAUGAACUACCUGCAUAGACGCAGCCCUCCAAUUGUUCACCGUGAUCUGAAGUCUCCAAAUCUUCUAGUUGACAAGAAGUAUACUGUCAAAGUAUGCGACUUUGGCCUUUCAAGACUAAAAGCUAACACCUUCCUGUCUUCGAAGUCUUUGGCUGGAACUCCUGAAUGGAUGGCACCUGAAGUGCUUCGAGAUGAACCAUCCAAUGAGAAAUCUGAUGUCUACAGUUUUGGUGUAAUCCUAUGGGAACUAAUGACAUUGCAACAACCAUGGUGUAACCUGAAUCCUGCCCAGGUGGUUGCUGCUGUAGGUUUUAAAGGAAGAAGGCUUGAAAUCCCGAAAGAUCUGAAUCCUCUAGUAGCCGCGUUAAUUGAAUCUUGCUGGGCAAAUGAGCCAUGGCGAAGACCCUCAUUUACAAAUAUUAUGGAAGCUUUGAGACCAUUAAUUAAGGUUCCAGUGCCGCAGCUGAUUCGUUCAGAUUCGUAUGUACCUAGCAACUUCUUUCCAUAUCUCCAGCUGCUCCCUCCCCUAUGCCUAUGCGCCCCAAACCCUAAGCUCCCCCCCGCCAUGCGCGCCUCCGCCUCCGCGGCCCCCAUGGAGGCCUCCGCCGCCUCCCGCAGAUCCGCGCCGGGCCCCGACCCCGGCGUCGCCAAGAAGCCGCGCCUCGCGCAGCCGCCGCCGCGGGACCCCAGAUCUUCGUCCUACGCCGCCGCCUCCAAUGGCGCCGCAGCCAGCGCCGCCGAGCAGGCGCUGGUCGACGAGCUGCUCGGACAGUACCGGACCGCGCUCGGGGAGCUGACCUUCAACUCCAAGCCCAUCAUCACCAACCUCACCAUCAUCGCCGGCGAGAACCUCCAGGCCGCCAAGCCCAUUGCCGCCCUCAUCUGCGCCAACAUCCUCGAGGUUCCAAGUGAACAGAAGCUACCAUCUCUAUAUCUACUUGACAGUAUUGUCAAGAAUAUUGGAAAAGAUUAUGUUAAACAUUUCUCUUCAAGACUACCAGAGGUGUUCUGCAAGGCGUAUAAACAAGUUGAUCCUUCUAUACAUCAUAGCAUGAGGCACCUUUUCGGAACAUGGAAAGGAGUGUUUCCUCCUCAUCCGCUCCAAAUGAUUGAGAAAGACCUUGGUUUUCAGUCAUCUGCCAAUGGAUCCUCAAGUGCCACACCAUCGAGGCCUGAAUCUCAAUCCCCGCGGCCAUCCAAUAGCAUACAUGUAAAUCCAAAAUAUUUGGAAGCACGACAGCAGCUCAAUCAACCAACUAAGGGGAUACUGGGAAGUGGUGCUAAGACAGCUGUAAUUGCUGAUGCAGGCAAUGAUAUUGAGAGGGCUAACAGGCUAGGUACUGAUAGAAGUGCAGGGCGACGAUUAGAUGCUCCUAAUGCUAGGCCUAACAUACAGCGCACUCAGAGGGACCCUUUUAGCAAUCCUGUUAAUGAAAAACAGGCAGGUAGAGAUGUCAGGGGUCUUGGAUUCUCCAACAUUUCACAACAAGCUGUUGUGGGAACUGGUCAAGUUCGCUCAAAAUCCAAAGGUCAAGAUGGAAUCGGGGGGCCGUAUUAUGCCACUGGUGUUGGCUCUUCUGAAGAACAAUUUGACCGGCGCAGCAACUUUUAUGCAAGCAAGGAUGUUCGGCCAUCAGGACCUGUACGUUUGGAUAGUGCACUUCUUCCAACUCCUUCCAUUGAUCCUGAUAGAAUUGGUAGGCCUUCAUCAAACAAAAGCUGGAAGCACUCCGAGGAAGAAGAGUAUGUGUGGGAUGAUGUACAUUCUCAAGCAGCAGAUUAUGGUAGUAACAGCACUGUAAGAAAAGGAGAAUGGAUGGUCGAUGAUGGCAAUGCUAAGUUUGCAAGCCUCCAAAGGGCUAAAUGGGCAGAGGGAGGAGCUGUUGAACAUCUAGACCCAAGAUUUGGACUUGCAACAGGUCAAGAUAGAAGACUUGCGGCAUACAUGGAUCAUGAAGAGUACAUUCAUGGUAAGCAUGAGGUGGGACCAAGAAUUGAUCGGGAAAUUAGGCCUGAUGGACAACAGUUGCCGGCACCUCGAAGUUCCUCUCUCUGGGCAUCCCAGGAAAACACACACCCAGACAUUGGGCUGGAUCCUAGGAUAUCAAGGUUUUCCAAUCAGCCAGGAGAGAGGUCUACUAUUUAUACUGGUACCAUGUCAGCAAGUAUCACUUCGUCUGUACCUGUUGGGUUAUCAGGACCUUACGCUGGAAGAUCAAGCCUAGAUAGUGCAAACAGUGUACCAAUAAGAUCAACUGAGACUUUUGGGCAGCAAAAGCACAGAUAUUGGUCAUCUUCUCCUCCACCAGCUCACUCACCUUCAUCUACUGCACCCUUUGUACGUCAGAGUUCUCCAAAUCCUGCUGAGCCUGAUUUUUAUCCUUCCAGAUCAUUUUCUCAAUUGGGCCAAAAUCCUCAAGAAGAAUAUAGCCUAAGAGCGGCAGCACUUGCUAAAGAUUCUCAUUUUAUGUCUCACAAUGCUGGACUUCCUCAGGGACAACCUAGUCUACUAGCAACCCAGCAGGGACAAAAGUAUGCUACCUUGCAGCCAAAGUCACAUAUCAAGCCAACUGAUCAAGUGCAGGCAAGCUUUUCACGUGAAAAUUCUCCAUCGUUGUCGAGACCUUCCAUCCAGCUUGGAGAAGUCUCUUUACCCAGUGAUCCCACCCCUAUAACCUCAGAUCUGACAAGUGCUAGUAAUUUGUUGGCUGGUCUCAUAAAGAGUGGGUUCAAACCAAAUAACCCCAGCGAUCUUGCAAGUUUGAGGGCACAACCUCUUGUUCCAAGUGGGCCACUUCCACGUACUCUGCCAUCUCCUCCAGUGGCAUCUUCAUCACUGCAAAAUGCAGCUGGCGAAAAUACCACUUUGCAAACACAGGCACCAAACACUGCUCGUCCACCUUUGCCACCGGGCCUGCCACCACCUCCAACACAGAGUGCGGGGAUAGCUGCACCGCUCUCAAGCCUUCUCAGUUCCCUGGUUGCAAAGGGGUUGAUCUCUUCGCCAGCCACUGAUUCAUCUGCUGCUGGCCCUUCACAGCCAAAUAAAGCAUCAAGCGCAAACGCUACAGAUGUUGCAGCUUCAGCUAUGCCUAUGCCAGCUCAGAAGCCUUCAGUUGGUAAGGAGACAUCUAAUUCUGAUUCAUCAGCCCCAACAAACACUUUGUUACCCAAAGUUAUCAAAAUCAAGACAGGUGACCUUAUUGGCCUGGAGUUCAAGCAAGAGAUACUUCGUGAGUGCCAUGAACAUGUGAUUAGCAGCCUGUUUGGUGACCAAAACUAUCAGUGUAAAACCUGUGGUGAAAGGUUCAGUCUUGAAGAGGAAUUGAGGUCGCACGCGCCAUGUCCUGUGUCAAGGGAGUCUAAGAGCUAUGCUGGUAUCGCACCUAAAAAAUGGUACCCUAGCAAGAACAGUUACAUUGAUGGAUCUCAUGAAAUUGAGGACAGCGCUGAGGCAUCUGAUGCGGAUUUAGGUUCUGCAGAAGAAGUGUGUGAGUUUAUGGUUCCUGCAGAUGAGAGCCAAAUUAUCUGUGCGCUAUGUGGGGAGCCAUUUGAUGACAUCUAUUCUGUUGAGAAGGGGGACUGGAUGUACAAGGAUGCAGUGUUUUUGGAUUACCCCAAGAGAGAAGGCAGCUGUGGAAGCAAUGUUGAGGGCGAAGAGCAUGUGCCCAUAGUCCAUGUAAGAUGUAUGCCAAGAGGCUCAAACAACGGCAUGGAGGUGGACUAGCAUGAUUGUUGUGCACAGCAGCUGAAGCAGCAGCUAAACUCUUCUGGGGGCCUCGAGAUGGAGGGAGCCUGAAGGGGUUUGAAUGAGGAAACUGUGCAGCGGCAGGCGGUCUGUUGCAACGGGGCUGAUGGUAUACAUGUAGACGGAUUAGUGGGAAGGUGGCAGGCAGUAUCAAAAACAAAAUUUUGGUGAAGAACUGAAAUCUUCCAUGGAUUUCCUGUAGAAAUCCACAUGAGUCAAAGAAUAAGGCCCUGGGGGAGCGCGCUUUGGCCAUAUGAAUCAGAAUAAUCAAAAGCUUAAUAUUUUUGGACUCCAUCUGAGGAGAAGGAUCUUUCUGUUGAUAGAAAGAAAAGCUUUGUAGGAGCAUGUCAAAAGAAUGUAUUGUUUAUUUACGAGGAAAAAGGGGAAGAUGCCCCGCAUGUAAGUCUAUACUGUGUUUCUGACGACAUACUCGCUCUCGAUCUUUUGAGAAGUAGGGAUUUUUGUACUUGAGAAGAAACCGAUAGUAAUAGAACAUGAUAGGCAGGGCUAAACAGGUUAGUUGUGAUCGAUUUGCUGUCAACCUGUCAUCGUAUUUUUUU